AUGUCCCGAUUCUUUGUUAAAUAUGAUUCUGAUUCAUCAUCAGAAGAAGAAGAUUUACUCAGUUCUGAAGAAGAAGCCUUAGUUUCAUCACAAGAAGAAGAUUCAGAUUCAGAUUUCUUCCAAAAUGAUUCAGAUGAAUCAUCAGAUGAAGAUUCAGAUGAUUCUUCAGCACCAAAAGGAGUUUCAUAUUUCUUGAAAAGCAAAUUCACUAAAGGUGCAGCUGAUUCCGAUUCCGAUUCAGAUGAUGAUAGAAGAGUCGUUAAAUCUGGUAAAGAAAAGUUAUUCGAUGAUAUGAAAGAAUCAGUUGAAAAAUUAAAUAUCGCCAAAAGAAUUGAAAAUUGGAUCAAUUGUUUAGCAGAAUUUGACAAAUUAGGUAAGUUAUUAACUAAAUCAUAUCAACAAAAUUAUGGUACCCCUAAUUUCUAUAUCAAAAGUUUAGGAGAUUUAGAAGAAUUUGUUGAUAUUUCAAAUAAUAGUGAAGAUAAGAAGAAGAUAGCUGCUGAUCAAUCAAGAGCUUUUAAUACUUUAAGACAAAGAUUAAAGAGACAAGUUAAAGAAUAUCAAGAAUUAGUAGAUUUAUAUAAACAAGAACCUGAAAGAUUCGAUAGUGAAGAACCAAUUGAAAUAACCACUAAUAAUAAUAAAGAUGAAGGAUUUACAUCAGUUGGAGUUUCUAAAUCUUUAAGUCCAGUAUUCCAAACUUUGAAAUUAAUCAGUGAAAGUAGAGGUAAAAAGAAUAUCGAUAAAUUUGAACAAAUUCAAACUUUAGAAUCAUUAUUAGAUGAUUUAAAACAAGAAGUUAAAGGAGAUUCUACUAAGAAAGUAUUUGAAUUAAUAUCAGUUUGUCAAAUGUUAAUUUCUAUUAGAUUUGAUGCCUCAUCCAAUCAAAGUUUCAUGCCAUUAGAUCAAUGGAAACAAAAUUUAGUUGAUAUUAACUAUUACUUAAACUUAUUAGAAUUAAAUAAAUCUAAAUAUCAAGUUAGUGAAUUUGGUAAAUCAACUGAUGAUAUUGAUAUUGAACCUGAAACUAAUGAAAAAGGUAUUAAAGUUAUUUAUGGAUCAAUAUCUUCAUUAAUUGAAAGAUUAGAUGAUGAAUUAACUAAAUCUUUACAAAAUUCAGAUCCUCAUUCAAUUGAAUAUAUUGAAAGAUUAAAAGAUGAAAGUUCUAUUUACAAAUUAAUAGUCAAAGGUCAAUUAUAUAUUGAAACCACUACAGCUGAAGUUGAAUCUACUGAAGGUCAUGAUCAAUUAAGUAGAAUUAUCUUAAAAAGAUUAGAUCAUUUAUAUUAUAAACCAAAUCAAUUAAUCAAAUCUAAUGAAUUAGAAGGUUGGAAAGACAUAGAAUCAAAUAUUGAUUCAUCUAUUAUUUCAAGAAAUUCUCAACCUUUAGAAAUUAUUGAUACUUUAGUUGAUUACUUAAUCAAGAACUCCAAUAAAUUAUUUAGUGAAAGAGCUAUUUUAAGUAAAAUUUAUUAUUAUGCUAAUAAUAAUAAUUAUAAAUCAGCUAAAGAAUUAUUCUUAUCAUCACAAAUUUAUUUAACAAUUCAUAAUGAUGAAUCAUUAUUACAAAUUUUAUAUAACAGAGCAUUAGUUCAAUUAGGUUUAAGUGCUUUCAGAGAAGGAUUAAUUGAAGAAAGUCAUCAAUGUCUUAAUGAAAUUGCUAAUUCUCAAAGAUUAAAAGAAUUAUUAGGUCAAGGAUUUAGUAAUAAAUUCCCUAAUCAAGCAUCAAUUACUGAAAGACAAAGAUUAUUACCAUUCCAUAUGCAUAUUAAUUUAGAAUUAUUAGAAUGUGUUUUCAUGACUUCAUCAUUAUUGAUUGAAAUUCCAAGUUUAGCUGCAUCAUCAAACUUAUCAAAAGAUUCCAAACGUAAAACUCCAAUUAAAUCUUUCAAGAGUAAAUUGGAAUUUCAUGAUAAACAAUAUUUUACUGGUCCACCUGAAAGUAUUAAAGAUCAUAUUAUUCAUGCUUCAAAAGCCUUACAAAGAGGUGAUUGGUUAAAAGCUUAUAAUUUAUUAGCUUCAAUCAAAAUUUGGAAUUUAUUCCCUGAUAAUAAACAAUUAUUAACUAUGAUGGAAAAUCAAUUACAAAUUGAAGGUUUAAGAACUUAUAUCUUUACUUAUAAAUCAAUUUAUUCAAAAUUAUCCAUUAAUUUAUUAUCAACUAAAUUCAAAUUAUCUAAUGAAAAAGUCAUUGAUAUCAUUGAAAAGAUGGUUGAAAAUAAUGAUAUUAUUGGUGAUUUAAAUGAUGAUAAAACUUUCAUAAAUUUCAUAAGUAAUGAAACUCAAAGAACUAAAUUACAAGAAUUAGCUAUAAUAAUGAAAGAUAAAAUUAAUAUUUUAACUGAAAAGAAUGAAAUGACUGCUUCAAAUGGUCGUGGUAAAAAGAAUAUUCAUCAACAAAAAGAUGAUAAGAAGGACGAUUCUCAACCAAAAGAUAAAGAAGAAGAAUUAAAUAAAUUCAGAUACGCAAGCGUUAAUUCCAAUAAUGAUGAAUUUCAACCUUUACCUUAA